AUGAACAUCGUUGUUCUUGCAAGCUGUGAGUUCUGGCUCUGUUUGAAAUUUUGUGUUCAAAUGCUUAUUUCAUUGAGGCCUGGAGCCAACAGUGCAUGGUCCUUCUCAUUGGAUGGAAAUGAAGUGUUCUUUAGGAUCAAGAGAAGCACUCAACUGCGGAAGCUCAUGAAUGCAUACUGUGAUCGCCAAUCUGUGGAGAUCAACUCAAUUGCCUUCUUAUUUGAUGGCCGUCGUCUCCGAGGAGAGCAGACUCCUGAUGAGCUGGAAAUGGAAGAUGGGGAUGAGAUUGAUGCGAUGCUGCACCAGACAGGCGGUGCAACCGCUACAAUAACUGGUUAGGUGGAUUGUGUAUGUAAAAAGAAUCAAAGUUUAAGAACUUGUAUAUCAUCCAAGACUAAGUUCCUGGAAUAGUAACAAAGAUUGUAGAUCUUCCAAGACUAAGUUCCUGGAAUAGUAGCAAAGAAUUCAUGUUCUCUCUUUUAUGUCCUAACUUCUAACUUUGCUGCUGUCUUAUGUCUUGUACUAGAACCUACUCAUACUACCAAGGAAAUUUCAGAAUCCUGAAAGAUGUAACGCCAUAUGGUGCAGCUUCUGUUUA